GAAGGACAUGAAAUAUGGCGGAUGUUUUGUUUGUGUGCACUCGGGAUGUAUUGCCGCUAAAAUAGCAAUGUUUACACGUUUAUAUUUAACGUGGUGCGAGUGAAUGCGAAAGGUGUACAACAAUAGAAAAUGAACGCUACAAGUUUAUAUGUGUCAACCUGCAGAUUAGUUUUGCAAGCUGAUGCUGAAGAUGCUAAUUCAUGGACAGAUUUGUAUAGGCUAGUUCCUUACCUAAGGCAAAGUUUAAGCUGUACGGUAUGCUCAAAUUUAUUAAUCGAACCGCACACACCCACCGAAACAAACUGUCAGCACCAUGUGUGCAAGAGCUGUAAGGGUGGUCGUAAGAAAUUAAAACCAUCGUGCAGUUGGUGCAAGGACUAUGACAAGUACGUGGAGAACGUUCAACUCCGAAUACUGUUACAGUGUUACAAGAAACUAUGCGAAUAUCUGUCGAGCACCAACAUAUACCGCAACUUAAUUAUAUCCAUAUCGUCUAACAAUUCUAACAACGGAGCGUCUACAAUGGGAGCGUCUAGUCUUAUGGAAUUAAUUCAAGAAGGCGCAGGAUUCAAAGAUGAAUUCAAGAGCAAUGCAGGACUCUCUAAAUCGGCUUACAGUAUACUGCCCUGUAUUUAUACAAGUACAACGUCGACCCAGACUCAAGGGAAUUCAAUACAAACUACGGAGAGUAUAUCCCCAGUUAUACCUGAGUCCCCAGCGAUACGAACCGUCUCUAAUGGCUCCUCAAUUUAUUCAGUAAUGUAUGCCGGCUCGGGUAAUAAAAUAACAAUUAAAAGAAAGGCUGCGGCUGCGGAUGAGGUCGAACUGGGCCAGCAAGAAGUUGAUGGUACAUCGCAGAGCUCCAUCGGGGCUGUUAAAUGCAUUCCAAGCUCUCACCUUACCUAUGGAACUUCGUCUCAGAAAAAGUCAUCGAAGAUCAGCAAAUCGGCAGGUAAUUUUAAAAAACCAAGAUCGAGUUCAACACGGAGUAAAAGAAAAGGAUGCAGAUGCGGCAAUGCAACCGCAAUACCUGGGAAAUUAACAUGUUGCGGACAGAGAUGUCCAUGUUAUGUUGAAAGCAAACCGUGUGUCGAGUGCAGGUGUAGAGGUUGUCGAAAUCCUCACACAGCCGACGGGUUAAAGAUUCGUCCUCAUAUACCAGAGCUGCAUAAUCUUCAAUUGCAGUUAUCAACGCCUGUAGAUUGUGAUUCUUUAUCCUCAGAUCCAUUGAGUUCAGUUCAGCAGUGUCUCUCUACUUCUCCAACAACUAUUCAAGUAUUGAAUGUUUAUUCUACGCCUAGACUAGAUAUAGAUAAUGUACCUCAAAAUUUACCAGCUGCACUCCUAGUUGGAGAAGAUGCGAUGGUCAGUACAGAAAGCGAAGCUGAUGAUAGCGACGUACAAAUCGAUGUGUGACGAUACAUGUGAAGACGCAUUGGUGGCGUCGUGUUAGUCGCUUUUGUAAAAAGUCUAUUAUUACGUUUUGAUAAAUAUGACAAAAUGAGUAGGGAUUUUAAUUUGAAGAAAAAAAAUAACAGAAACUAAUAAAAGGAUCAAACAAUUUUUCAAUAACUCGUCCAUUUUGCUUCAUGUAGGAUUGUAAGUCACCGUUUUUAAGUCAUCUAUCGUCAUACUGUGAAUAAAUUUAUCUUCGUGACUGUCAUGUUUCAAAUGAAAGUAUUUGCAGAAAAAAGCUUGCUUUUUCAUACAUUCCUCUCUACGAUCAAUGAAUACAAGAAAUUUUACAGCACGAGAUUUUCAUUUUUAAGGAACAAAUGUUAUGGAUUACUAAACUUUUUUGAUAAUCAUUGAUUUCUAAAUCAAACAAGCACUGAAGCAAAACGGACAAAGUAUCUUUCCAACUUUUAUAUUAAAAAAAAAAAACUAUUAAUAAUAUUUGGCAAUGAAGUUUCGCAACUAUGUAAACAAAUAAGUCAUCUCAUCAAAAAUAGAAUACACUACGUUCUAUUAAAUUAAUUCAUUAUACUUAAUAUGAGUAUGCUGUUGAAAAUGGGAGGUAAAAAUAUUUUGAGCACACUGUAGUGAAACUGUCGAAGCGUUUGGUUCUACGAUCUUCGAGUAAUUCUGGAACAUCGACGAAAGUGUUUCAACAACAUUGAAUAUAAAGUGCAAUCCUCUAAUUUUUAUAGCGCAAUCAAGAGUCUCCAGCAUUACUUUCAUCAAAGCUUUUAGAAAAAUCAGUAUGAAAAAGUGAAAGUGUAUAUUAUACGUUAUUAUAAACUAUUAUUACAUACGAAAUAAUGAUAUUAGCGAAAUAUGUAAAAUUAGAAAUGACGACAUGAAAAUCAGGUGUAGCUGAUUAGAGGAAAAUAAUAGUGUACAUAUAUAUAAGGAUGAACUUUAGCUGUCAUAGCCAAUUAGCUUCAUAACUCAUCGAUAAUUUUUAUUGAAAUUUAGCCUCGGGAUUAACUUUCAAUGAAAGAAGUACAAUGAAACUGGAGUUGAGGAUUUGUUAAGAGGAGAAACAUGAUGGUUGGCUCGGGAAUAUUAUUUGGUAAAUCAAUUUUUCUACAUGGUCCAAAAUAAUCAUCUACUAUACCUAAUGUUUAGGUAUCUUAGUUAUACAUACCUGUUGUAAAUAAAAAAUAAUGAAAAUAUUUAGAUUUAUCAUUGUAUAAAACGCUACUUUAUAUCAAAGACUUGUAGAUUAUAUUUUUAGGGUAAAAUUUGUUGAGAUCUUAGCAAUGGAUGAAUGCCCGCGGUUUUUAAAAAGUGUUGUCUUGUCUAAUUGAGUUGAUGAAAAUUCAACAGAACAUAAAAAUAAGAUUAUCUCUUUCAAGAAUUAGUACAAAAUCACUAACAAUUGGUGUUUUUAGUAAUUGUAGAGUAUGUUAUUAUGAAAUGUUUUGAGAGAACACAACUUUUGUUUGAAUUAGAAACAUCACGAUAAAUUUUUACAAGCUUCUAAACUGCAAUGUGACAUCCUGAAAAUAGAAUUACAUCCAGGCAUCAAGUUGAAAAUACGGUUGCAAUUAAUUGACGGGACAGUAAAUACAAUUAGGAAACAAUUCUUUAAUUACAUCUCUAUUUACAAGAUCUGCAAUCUAAAGGAUUAAUUUUUUUCUAUGAUGAAAAUAUAGCGUUGUUGUAUGUUUGUAAGAAUAGUCCUCCGGAAAACAACAGCAAGAAGAUACCAUCUAUAAGAAUAUAGUCCACUAUAAAACGAAAGAUAUUGGCACCGAAUAUAAAAUUAAUAAUGAUUAUAAAAAAGAAAUUAAAAGUUCAGAAAAUUCCAAUUCUGUUUUUCUUCUUAUAGAUAUGUUCGUUUAUAGGAAAAAUUAGUACACACUUAGCAAGUUCAGAGGUCCAGCUUUUUACAUUAUAAUCAAUGUUCAAAGCUAACGACAUAUUUCGAUCACUCUAAUUAACUAAGCUAAAUUAAUGUGGAAUUUGUGUCAUAUCGUGCCUUGUAUAGUGGGCUAAGGAAAAUUGUUAACUUGUGUCCCUUAUGUUAAGAAAGUUGAUUAAUUUUUAAAGCCGGUCUGUGGUAGUAGCAAGUAGCAUGCUUCACACCAAUUUGUUAACAAGACGUGGACACCUUGCACUUUUAAUCAACUCCAAGUGAUUCAAAAAUCACCUAAACGUGUAGGAUGAAAUAUCCAAUUUACGGUGCAGUAAAAUAUUAUAAGUGGCAUUAACGCAGUUGCAAAGGGUAAUCUAUUACUACAAUUCUGUGCAACAUGUCUUGUUAGCUGAUAAGAUUAUUAAGAGAA